AUUUUCAAACCGUGGGAAAAUCGGCACAUGAAACGACGAACCGCCAACUUCCCAACCUGUGGGAGGGUUCAGCACGCGCAGCACCUAGGCACCGGCGCUCUCCCGUUUGGCAGCAUAUUUUCUUACCGGGAACCGAGAAUAGACGGUCAUGGACGAGGGCAAAACUACCGGUGAUCAAGGAGCAGGACUUCUGGAUGUUGGCACCAUGUGGACGAAGGCCGAGCAGGAGGGCUGCUCCUUGACUCCUUUAGAGAGGACGACGGGGGCAGACGUGGCCCAGGACCAUCUCCUCGACAAACCCCCGUACUCCUACGUCGCUCUCAUCGCGAUGGCAAUCAAGGAGAGCAGCGAGAGAAGGCAAACUCUGAGUGGGAUAUACGAAUACAUCAUCGACAAGUUCCCUUUCUACGAGAAGAAUAAAAAAGGCUGGCAGAACAGCAUCCGACACAACCUGAGUCUGAACGAGUGCUUCGUGAAGAUCCCCAGAGAAAACCGAGGGGACGGGAAAGGCAGCUUCUGGAUCGUGGAUCCCGCGUUUGAAGACAUGUUCGAGUGCGGCAACUUCCGACGGAGGAAGCGGGUCCGGAGACCCUUCAGGGCGCCGGGCCUACCCUACCUGCCCGGGUCCCCUGUGGACUACAACGAGCCCCUGUACGUGCACGCACUGCCGGAGAAACACGUCUACAUGCAGUCGGCCCAGUAUGUCAGCGGGUCGUGGGCGCUGUGUCACCCGGGCUCUGCGCCGCAGACCACCGGGGGUUACGGGUCAACGUCGCUCAUCAACGGACACGCUCGCUGUAUCUCGCCGAAUGGAUUCACAGCCGGCACGAUGGGCGGCUACUACACCCCGGGUCACUUCCACCCUCCUCUCGGGGCCCAUCGCCACCCGUCCGUGCUGGUACCCCACGGAGGGUGCCCCUACGGGGGCCUGGCCCAGCCCCUGACCCCGGACGGAGGCAGCGUGUCCUUGGCGAGCUACUACGUGUGACCGUCAGUAAUGCAACUGUCUUCUUUUGAAUAGUGCUGAGUUUUUUUAGUUUUUGGAUUAAAAUAUACGUUCACGUUUGUUCAGCUACACAGAUAAGUGCGUCUGCAUCUAAUGGUCUAAUUGUCUUUUUAGUUAAAAAAAACAACAACAACCAUUAUACUAAACACAGUGGUCAAAUGUCAAAGGGACCAAAUAUGCAUCGACAUUACAUCCAAUAUCUUAUUUUAGCCUAUUCUCUAAGUUCCUUCGUUGAGUGUUUUUCGCAUGGUAUUGUGCAGAGACUGGCGUGUUGUGGCUGUUGGCCACCACUGUUAUUUAUUUCGUUUCUUUGGUGUUAUCUGAUUCAUUGAAUGUAUUACAACGCACAUCCUAUCCUCGGUGUGCUAGUUUACCACUUAUCAGGCACUUUGACUACUUUUACUAUGUGAUGUAGGCUCAAGUUUUUUACUGUUCUUUUUUUUCUCCAUGAAAGUUAUAUUUCAAUAAAGUUAUAUUUUUGCAUUAAAACCCUCAUUGUUUAUUUAGACCCAUCACUACACCACAACAUUUUAGUUAGACUAAAAUGUUGAUUGAAUGAAUAUCAUUUGGUUUGUAUUGCUUACAUUUUGUUUUUUCUUUGCGCACUCAAACGUAGGAAACAUACGACUAUACGGCCACUUGAAUUUACAACAUAGUUUGUAUUUAUUUUGUUUAUUAAUUAAAUAGUAAAAAAAAAAAGAAAAGCCAAACAGCCCUCAUGUAAAUAAUCACAAGAUCUCAGGUGUGAAACGAGUUCCAGUGACGUAGGUCAUAAACCCGCCCACAACAGUGACGUCUUUUCCGGUUCCGCCGCAUGGGGGUGAUAGGCGGAAAGCGUGCGCGCCUAUUCUGCCACGGCUGCUACCUUCACCACAUCGCUCAUGUUCUGCUAGCCUCGCUCUAUGUACCCCCGGGAGAUGGAGACCAUACGCCGGUUCCUCGACGAGCACCCCGAGGUCCUGUACGGGGGCGUCGGGGCCGCAGCGCUCGUCUCCGGCGGAGCGCUCAUCUAUAAAGUCGCCACAAG